UGUGAAAAUGAGGGAAUAGCAAGAGGCACUUCUUCUACUCACACUUCAACAGAAGAUCAUGAAAUGGCUACUUCAUCAGAAUAUGAUUAUGAAGUAUUCUUAAGCUUUAGAGGACCUGAUUCUCGAGCAGGUUUUACUGACUUCCUUUAUACUAAUCUUAAAGAUGUGGGAAUCUGUACAUUUAGGGACGACGAAGAGCUCCGCGUUGGGGAAGAGUUUGCCCCAGAACUUCUCCAAGCAAUUAAUCAAUCGAAGAUCUCAAUACCUAUCUUUUCGAAAGGUUACGCCUCUAGCGUGUGGUGUCUCAAGGAGCUAGUCCAAAUGGUCUCGUGCCAAAAAGCUGGAAGACAAAAGAUCAUGCCCAUUUUUUAUGAUGUGGCACCUUCAGAGGUUCGACACCAAACUGGGGGUUAUGGAGAGGCCCUUGAUUUACAUAAAAAGAAGCAACGAUAUGACAAAGAGACUAUAAGUCAAUGGGAGGCUUGCUCUCAAUGCAAUUGGGAACAUAAAAGGAUGGGACUUGCAUGGAAAGAAGGAGAACAGGGACAAAAGGAAGUUGAAGCUCUUUGUCUCAAAUUUGACCAUGAGCGACGGUAUCAUUUUACCUAUGAGGACUUUAAGAGCCUAUCAAAUCUAAGGUUCCUUGAAGUUGAUGAUUCGAAGGGAAAUUUUGGUGCAGAGGAGACACUUCUUUGGCACUGGCAUGAAUUGCCAUCAAAUGUUCUUCCAACAAAUGUUUUCCAAGAGAAUUUAGAUCUUCUUCCACAAUUACGGUGGCUUUCUUGGCAUAAUAUUUCCCCAAUGUUUAACAUAACAAAUUUCUCCAUGGAGGAUCUGGUUAUUCUUGAUCUAUCUAAGAGUAGAAUUAGGCAUGACUUGGAAGGGGUGGAGUUACAUGAAGGUACGUUUUAUAGUAGACAACACUUAUUAUUUCGUCUUAUUAGAUUCAAAAGUAAUCUUUGCAUGAUUCUUCUUUUAUAGAUGGCGAAGAAUUUGAAAGUUUUGAAUUUGUCCUAUUGCCAACGCUUGAAGAGAACUCCCAUCUUCUCUACUCAUCCAAAUUUAGAACGUUUGAUCCUACACCACUGUGAAUCAUUGACCGAAAUAGAUAGGUCGAUUGGUAAGUUGGAACGUCUAGCUUUCUUAGGGUUAGGCAAUUGUCGAAAUCUUCAGAGGCUGCCGGACAAACUAGGAGAUCUUGCGCGCCUUGAAUACCUAUCUCUGGAAUGUUGCAAAUCAUUGAAGAGCCUUCCGGAUACACAAUUGGGAAUUUGGAAUCAUUGAUUGAGUUGA